UGCUUUCCUAUUUGAUAAAUUAAUUCUAUAUAGUGACAUAAAUUGAUAGCUUUUACCAAAUAACACCUUAAACUUUCCCUACCUCUCUCUUUCAUCUUCUAUAUCUUGAGAGAUUCUCUAUUUAUUUUUUCAGACAAGUCACAAGAAAGACCGAAAGUGAAAUAAGUCUUGUCCCAGAUACAACAGUGGUGACCAUGUCUUCCAUCAACCCAAAAACUAACGUUCCAUCGAACUCAACUGAAUCCCAGUUAUUGAAACUUACGUUUCUCGUCUCUGUUCCAAUCUGUUUCAUAUUAAUCGUCGUCCUCGUUCUUUAUAUCAUUCGUCGAAACAGCAACACCAACGUUGAUUGGUCUUCUUUUUUAAUGCAUCGAAACAACUAUCUCUCAAUGGCUGAAUUAGGACUGAGCAAAGAUGUAAGAGAGAUGCUUCCCAUUGUCAUCUACAAGGAGAGUUUCACAGUCAAAGAUUCACAUUUUAUUCUUAUCCCCAAACCGACCCUAGACGGGUCCCAUCAAAGCCAAGAGACCAUAGAGAACUCUAACGGAGGAGGAGCUUCUGCUCUACCAGAGUCCCACUCAGCAACCGAAGCAAUAAGUCACAUCGAGGAGGGCCAAGAAGGUAACGGAGAUAGUCAAGAUGUGUCUAAGGAAAUAGAAGAGAAUGACGGAAACAGCGUAGGGACAUCUGAUGGUUGUUGUACUUGUAGACUUGGUUAAAAAGCAUAAAAGCUUUGUCUUGUCUCUUGAUGAUAUUUUGGUAAGAAAUAAGGAUUUUUGUUUUCUCUCUUGCGCUUGUUACUUGUAACAUUGUUAGGAGUGAAUUGAAUGCAUGAUCCAUAAGAAGAAAAUGGUAAGUUCGGAAACA